GCUGUUCUUCUCCUUUCUUCCCGCUGCAGCCACCCGAAAGAAAGAAAAAAAGGGGGGAACCAGCCAUGCUUUGAGAAACCGGUAAAGCUUGAUGAUUUCCCCUUCUUUUCUUGUUCUAGAACCUGAUUUGGAACCCAGAAAUCUCCCCCCUGCAAGAAGCUUCCGGAUCUGCUCUGCUCUUCCCUCUGCUGUCCGCCGGCUGCUCUUGUUUGUGGGGGUGAUUUGCUCCGAUUUUGGAACCCGUGAGCUUCUUCUCCAAAUUGCCGCCGGCUUCUCUUCUCCCCCUACAGCCCCGGUUUUAGCUGGAAAAUUCUAGUAUGUGACAGCCUUUUAAGGCUUAAAUUGUUCAUUUAGUUUGCUGGUUGUGAUGUCCGAAUUUGGCUAAAAAUGGGGGAUAAUUCCGGUAGCUUUAGGAUGAGAUUUAAGCAUUAAUUCAAGUGGGAUUUAUGUGAUUGAGUGUUAAUUGCUUGUUGUGAUUUUUGGAGAGAAAAUCCCGUGAGAUUAGCUAGUGUUUUGGCCAAUUUGUGAAAGUCACGGGUACUGUUCACGACACUGUUCACCGACACUGUUCACACCCCGAGGGCCAACAUUUAACGGGGAUUUAAGUGAUUAGUUUGUGAUAUAAGAAUGAAUUUGGAGAUAUUUGAUCAUGUGGAGAUUUAUGGAAAUAGUAUUGUGAUUAGGAGUGAUCCUAAUGAUGAUUUCAAUUUGAAUGCGUGAUAGUCCGGUAUUAAUUC